ACCUACUAAUUGAGUAAAUAAAACAAUCUAGGUUUGGUUUUGGCUUUCUGAAUCAGAGCUAUCAAAAUGAAAAUAGAAAGUUAGUGUUGUAAAUUUGGUGUUUGGUCCGUACAGAUGUGCUCUAAAGUAUAUUUAAGCUAUUCAUGCAGAUCACCAUUUCUGGAUUAAUAUGAAGAAUGAAAAUCUAGCGGAGUUAGAGAGAGGAUGCUAUCUUUCUAAGGAAAUGUCCCGACUAUAUGCUUCUAAUUAUGAAGAAAGGACAAAGGUACAAGAUCUCGAAAAAGAAGUUGCAAUGUUGAAACAGCGGAUCGAUGAUAUGGAAAAUGAACAGAAGAUUAUGAAAAAGAACAAGGCAGUUCUACAAGAAUCGAGUGAGGAUGACAAAGCGCUUAUGGGAGCUCUUAUUGCAAAUGAGCAAAAGAUCAAGGAUGAGUUGACUGAUCUAAGGAGGUUCUUCAUUGACCAUUUGAAAGAAAAUGUAUCAAAUCCUACUCCUUUCGCUGUUAAGAAAAUGGGUGAACUCGACUCUCAACCAUUCAUUCAAGCAAUGGGAAUAUCCGAGGACACCAUUAUUCAUGAAGCUAUGGUGAAUUGCUCAUUAUGGAACGAGAAUAUUAAAGAUCCACACUGGCAUCCUUUCAAAAUUAUCAGCAUUAGAGGGAAACUUAAGGAAGUCAUUGAUGAGGAGGAUGAGAAGCUGAAAGGACUAAAGAAGGAAUUCGGUAAAAACGUUCAUGAGGCGGUUAAAACGGCAUUAACUGAGAUGAAUGAGUAUAACCCUAGUGGUCGUGUUGUUGUACCAGAACUGUGGAGUGUCGAAGAAAAUAGGAAAGCAAGUUUGAAGGAGGUGGCUGCGUAUAUGCUCGAUGGUUCCACUCCUAAGAGGAGCAAACGCCUAAAGAAGAGAAAGUGAAGUUCAUCAUAUACUUAUACUUGGAACUGGGAUUUGGUCUGUGGCUGCCACCAUUAUUUAGAUAUAUUUUGGAGACUAGUUUCAAGUUUUAUAUUGACAAGACUUCAGGAUGACCCCCUUUUUGUUCCUUUAUGAUGUGCUUUUGUUUUGUAAUUAUGGGUCAUGUUUUGAUCAUCGUUUAAGUACUUUUGAGCAUGCUUGUUCUUAAUUCAUAUACAAAAGUAGAGCUUUAUGUGCA